AGUCAGCAACUUCCCGGCCCGGCCGCACCUGUCAGCGCCCGGCCGGCGGCGGCCCCGCCACACUGCCGCCAAGCGCGGCGCGGUGUCGCAAACCCCCCCCUCCGCCCGGCCGCGCCGCUCUUCCGCGCGACACCCUCCGGGGAGGGAGAGCGGCGCGGCGCCACACCGCCGUGCGGCGCGGAAAGCGUCGCAAAGAGCGGCCAUGUGGAGGGGCGCGGCGGUAGCGGCCGCGCUGUGCCUGGGCGCCGCCUGGCUGCUGGGUCGCGGGUUCGAGCCCCGCGGCCGCCUGCUGAGCGCGGCCGAGCUGCGGCGGCACCGAGGCGCUGAGGGCGAGCCCGGCCUCUACCUCGCCCUGCUGGGCCGGGUCUUCGACGUGGGGAGCGGCCGCAAGCACUACGGCCCCGGCGGGGCGUACGAGGGCUUGGCAGGGAGGGACGCGAGCAGGGCGCUCGCCACCGGCGACUUCAGCCCCGCGGGCCUGGUGGACGACGUCUCGGCGCUGACCCCGGCGGAGCUGGCCGCCCUCCGCGGCUGGAUGGACUUCUACAGCGCCCGCUACGCCUUCGUGGGGAAGCUGGUGGGCAGAUUCUAUGACGAAAACGGGGCACCGACAGAAGCCCUGCGGCAGGCUGAGGCAGCGAUGGAAGAAGGUCUGAGGCUGAAAGCAGAAAGCGACCGCAGGAAGGAGCAGUUUCCACCCUGCAACUCGGAGUGGAGCUCUGCCAAGGGCAGCCGAUUCUGGUGCUCCAGACAGAGUGGGGGAGUGAACAGAGACUGGAUUGGAGUCCCCCGGAAGCUGUACAGACCUGGUUCGAAGGGGACUCAGUGUGUGUGCGUGAGAACUACUGGGCCCCCUUGGGGACAGCCGGACUCAACGGAGCACAGUGACAGAGGUGAUCUGGAUAACCCUCACCUGGAGGAAUAUGAUGGCUGCCAUCCACUGGCCGAGCAGUGUGUCCUGAAUGUGUGACUGAGUACUGGAUCUGAGGGCCGUGGAGUCCUCCAGUGAAAUGUUGUACUUGGGGUGAGCACUUCAGCUCCGUUCCUUUCCAUCUGUCUGUGCAAAGGGAGUGGCGGCAAUUUGUGUUGUCACUUUUCUUAAUGUGGAGAUGGAGGUGAGAGAAGGAAGAAACACUUUAGCCAAGUCACACUGGCUAAAAACAUCAGCAAUUUUUCUUAAGUGUUUUUGCUUACAGCAUUUUUAUAUCUGGUGACAAACCAUAAGAUGCACAACCUGAACUAUACUUAAAAAUGGAUUUCUUGUACAGUCAGAAAAUAGCUGCUUGUGUGCAUGACAGGGAGGGUAACGUGUUGUGCUUCAGGACAGUAAGGCAGCAAGCACAGGAACUGCUGCAGCAGCAGCACAGGUUUAUGCACAACCACCCACUGUCACUUGAAAUGUGCUCACUGCAUUGUAGUGUUAAUGCUCUUUCCCAGUCACUUGCUUUGCUCCAAAGAAUUUACAGGUAGGAGGGAAAAGCCUCACUUUCCCCUACAACUAAGGUACGUAGCAUCUAGGAGCUUGUGUGGUUGUUACACACAAGCUCUGCUUAUCAGAUCCUUGGAAUACAGGAGGCAAAGGUCAGAGCAGCAUUUCCUCAUUCAGUGUUUGUAUUAGAUAGGGAGCAAAGAAGAUAUUGAAGCCACCUAUGAGGAUUGCUGCUUUAAAUUAACCUCACCACCCUGAUCCUCUCAUUCACUGCUUUUAAACUUCAAGAAUUGGUAGCUCGAACUAGGCGAUAAUAAAAGCUAUGUAGCAACAUGACCCUCCUGCUGUAAUUUGCCUCCUGUUUCCAUCCUGGAUUAUAAUCUAAUUUACGUGUCCAUCAGGCUAUAACCUUGAUGUAUCCUCACGAGACCCAGCUCCUUUAAAGGCUGUACAUAUUUUAUCAGAGCUGGCAGAAUUUGUUAAUCUGUUACUCCCAGAAGAGCAAGUCAAAUCAUCACAAUUUUGUGCAGGGCUGAGGAUGAGGGGCCUUGGUGCUGUUAAUGCCGGCUGGGGGAGGCAGGGGCUGGUUACUGGUAGAAUGGGUUGGUGGUGUAGCUGCGGGAGAGGCGCUCAGGUUACCUACAAACCCACAAAAAUCUGUGCUGCGCUGUAUUCAGCUCUUUUUCCUCAAGGCAACUCAACACCUAUUUAUAAACAGCUGGGAGGCAUUUAUAAACUCAUUCUGUUUUGAGCUGCCACUACCCCUAAGAAAAAAUCUCACAAAUUGAAGUAAUUCGUUAAUGAAGUAGUGGGAUUAUGGGAGGCUGAGCAACAUUCCUUAAAAGCAAGAAUAAUCAUUGCAGUGACAGCAGGAACGUGUUAGAGCACUUUUCACCUGUUGUGUUUAAUGAGGCUACAGCUGUCAUGGAUGAGAACCAUACAGCAAUCUAAACAUGUACAUACUUCAUUGUAAUAAAUGUUUUGUUUUUUUUAAA